AUGGAUACCAUCAGGAUGUUAGACAAAAAUGAGAAAGCUUGGCAUUGGGUAUUAGAGUCUGCUGAUCAGAUAGUAACUUUUGCGAGGAAGGGUACGAGAUGUAAAAUAGAUAUAGAUGAGUGUGCUUCACAUCCCUGCAAAAAUGGAGCCACCUUCAUUGACCAACCUGUGGUUGAUGGCUUUUCCUGCUUAUACAGUCCACUCUGUGCUGGAGUAAGAUGUGAACAGGACAUUGGUGACUGCACCCUGAAUGCCUGUGAGCACAAUUCUACCUGCAAAGAACUGCGUCUUAGCUUCCAGUGUGUGUGCCUUUCUGGCUGGGAACAAAAUUUUUGUGAACAAGAAUCCAAUGAGUGUGAAAUGAAUCCUUGCAAGAACAAUUCCACCUGUACUGACCUUUACAAAAGCUAUCGAUGUGAGUGUACAUCUGGAUGGACUGGACAGAACUGUAGUGAAGAAAUAAAUGAAUGCGACUCUGAUCCAUGCAUGAAUGGAGGUCUUUGUCAUGAAUCUACCAUCCCUGGACAAUUUGUAUGUCUGUGCCCACCCCUUUAUACUGGACAAUUUUGCCAACAACGCUAUAACCCUUGUGAGCUACUUAAUAACCCUUGCAGAAACAACUCAACAUGCUUGGCUUUGGUAGAUGAAAAUCAGCAUUGCAUUUGUAGAGAAGAAUUUGAAGGUAAACACUGUGAAAUUGAUGUGAAUGACUGCCCCUUCCUUCCCUGCCAGGGUUAUGGUGACUGUGAAGCUAUGGUCAACAAUUUCAGGUGUAUUUGCAGACCUGGGUUUUCUGGAUCUUUAUGUGAAAUUGAAAUUAAUGAAUGCUCCUCUGAACCUUGCAAAAAUAAUGGAACAUGUGUGGAUCUGACAAACAGAUUUUUAUGUAAUUGUGAACCUGGGUACCAUGGACCAUUCUGUGAACUUGAUGUAAAUGAAUGUAAAACAUCACCUUGUCUAGAUGGAGAAAACUGUGUCUACAGAACUGAUGGAUACAACUGCCUCUGUGCCCCUGGUUAUACAGGCAUCAAUUGUGAAAUAAAUCUAGAUGAAUGCCUAUCAGAGCCCUGUCUCCAUGAUGGAGUUUGUAUUGAUGGCAUCAAUCAUUAUACCUGUGACUGCAAGAGUGGAUUUUUUGGAACACAUUGUGAAACAAAUGCAAAUGAUUGCCUUUCAAAUCCUUGUCUACAUGGAAGGUGCACAGGCCUUGUUAAUGAAUAUCCAUGUUCAUGUGAUGCGGAAGGGACUAGCGUACAAUGUAAGAUCGAAAUUCAUGACUGCACAUUAAUCCCUUGUAUGAAUGAAGGCUUCUGUCAGAAGUCGGCACAUGGAUUUACUUGCAUUUGCCAACAUGGGUACACUGGUACAUACUGUGAAGAAAGCAUCGAUAAUUGUGCUAAGCGUGAACUUAAUUCAGCCCUUUGUCUUAAUGGAGGGAUUUGUGUUGAUGGACCUGGACACACUUUUGACUGCAGAUGUCUUCCUGGAUUUUCUGGCCAAUUUUGUGACAUUAAUAUAAAUGAAUGCUCUUCCUCACCAUGUCUAAAUGGUGCAAACUGUGAAGAUCACAUCAAUGGAUAUGUUUGCAAAUGCCAACCAGGAUGGUCUGGACGCCACUGUGAGAAAGAACUUGAAUGCAUUCCCAACUCAUGUGUUCAUGAACUGUGCAUGGAAAAUGAACCUGGCUCGAGAUGUUUAUGCAUACCUGGAUUUACGACCUGCUCCAUUGGGCUUCUUUGUGAUGAUGAAAUAAGGAGAAUUAGCUGUUUACCUCCCAUCUUUCAAAGAACAGAUGCCAUUUUCACACAGACGUAUACAGUUCCCCCUUCUGAGACUUUGGUCAGUAGCUUUCCAUCUGUAAAGGCUAUAAGAAUAUCGACCAUAAUGGACACUUACCCAGUUGAUCAAGGUCCAAAACAGACAGGUGUUGUCAAGCAUAACAUUCUCCCAACUACGGAUUGGGCUACUUUAAGAACAAGCACAUCCUUGGAAAGCUACUUACUCGAAGAAUUGAUUGUCACUAGAGAGCUUUCAGCAAAACAUAGUCUUCUUUCUUCCACAGAUGUUUCCUCUUCCCGAUUUCUAAAUUUUGGUAUUCAUGACCCAGCACAAACUGACCAGGGCAAAACAUCUGUAUCAAAUAUGCCUGUUCUAACUUCAGCAGCCACACUAGGUUUCUUUCUCUCUGAUAGGAGAGCAAGGACCCCAUUUAUCAUGUCUUCCUUAAUGACAGAUUUUAUUUUUCCUACACAAUCUUUAUUAUUUGAGAACUAUCAGACUGUUGCUUCAUCUGCUACCACAAUGACUUCAGUAAUUAGAAGUAUUCCAGGGGCUGAUAUGAAGUUAAACAGGCACUCAUUACUCUCCCGUGGAUUCCUGCUUACAGCUGCCUCCAUAAGUGCAACUCCAGUUGUCUCUAGGGGGGCUCAAGAGGAUAUUGAAGAAUAUUCAGCUGUUUCUUUAAUUUCAAGAAAAGAGCACAGGAGAUUGCUGAGCUCCUUGAUGCCUGCCAUUUUUCCUGCUAAGAUAAUUAUAUCUAAACAGGUAACCAUCUUAAACUCAUCAGCCCUGCACCGAUUUGGUACAAAAGCCUUCAUUCCCAGUGAAUAUCAGGUUAUUACUGAAGCUUCAAGCAACCAGAGACUCACAAACAUCAAAUCACAGGCUGCUGAUUCUUUAAGAGAAUUAAGCCAAAUAUGUGCAACAUGUUCUAUGACUGAAAUAAAAUCCUCUCAUGAAUUCUCAGAUCAAGUUUUGCAUAGCAAACAGUCCCACUUUUAUGAGACAUUCUGGAUGAACUCAGCGAUAUUAGCCAGCUGGUAUGCACUAAUGGGAGCUCAAACUAUCACUUCUGGGCAUUCAUUUUCUUCUGCUACUGAAAUAACACCAUCAGUGGCAUUCACAGAAGUGCCAUCUUUAUUUCCUUCUAAGAUGAGUGCAAAAAGAACAAUUUUAUCCUCAUCUUUGGAAGAAUCCAUUACCCUAUCAAGUAAUUUGGAGGUUAAUUUAUGUUUGGAGAUGACUUGUUUAUCCAUUGUCCCUUCACAAACUAUGUCUUCAGACUUGAUGAAUUCUGAUUUGACUUCACAACCAACUUAUGAUCAACUGUCAGUAUCAGAAAACAUUUUAAAACUAUUGAGAGUAAGACAAUAUGGCAUAACUACGGGACCCACUGAGGAACUAAAUCAAGAUAGCUUAUUGGACAUGGAAAAAUGUAAAGGAUCUCAUACACCGUUCAAGCUUCACCCAAGUGAUAGUUCUCUGGAUUUUGAGUUAAACUUACAAAGUCAUCCAGAUGUCACUUUAAAGACAUAUUCAGAAAUUAUACAUGCAAAUGACCUCAAAAAUAAUCUUCCACCAUUGACAGGCUCAUUUCCUGAUUUUUCAGAAGUAUCCACCAAUGUUGCAUUUUACUCAGUUUCAGCAACUCCAGCACUUUCAGUACAGACUUCCUCCAUGUCUGUAACUAGGCCAGAUUGGCCAGAUUUUACAAAUUAUAUGACCUCUCUUAAAAAAGACAUCAAGAAUUCUUCAGAAUGGUCCAAAUGGGAACUUCAGCCUAGUGUGCAAUAUCAGGAAUUUCCUACUGCCAGCCGUCAUCUUCCCUUCACUAGAUCUCUUACUUGGUCUUCACUGGAAUCCAUUCUGGCACCUCAACAGCUGAUGAUUUCUGAUUUCAGCUGUGUUCGUUAUUAUGGAGAUUCCUAUCUAGAAUUUCAGAACGUGCUUUUAAAUCCACAAAAUAACAUCUCCUUAGAAUUUCAGACCUUCAGCUCCUAUGGACUCCUGCUCUAUUUCAAGCAAGACUCAAAUUUUGUAGAUGGAUUUUUUAUUCAAUUGUUUAUUGAAAAUGGUACUUUAAAGUACCACCUUUACUGUCCUGGUGAGGCAAAAUUGAAAAGCAUUAAUACUACUAUUAGAGUGGAUAACGGGCAAAAGUAUACACUGCUUAUCAGGCAAGAGUUGGAUCCAUGUAAAGCUGAACUGACUAUUCUAGGGAGAAAUACACAAACAAGCGAAUCUAUCAAUCAUGUACUUGGAAAACCCCUGCCAAAAUCAGGAUCUGUCUUUAUUGGUGGAUUUCCAGAUCUUCGUGGGAAAAUCCAGAUCCCUAUACCAGUCCAGAAUUUUACUGGCUGCAUAGAAGUUAUAGAAAUAAAUAACUGGAGAUCUUUCAUUCCAUCCAACGCAGUGAAAAGCUAUCACAUUGACAAUUGCAGGUCCCAGGGUUUUAUGCUGUCUCCAACAGCCUCCUUUGUUGAUGAUUCUGAUGUGACACAAGGGAUUGAUACGAUGUGGACUUCUAUCACCCCCUCUGUUGCAGCGUCAUCUGUGUGCCAGGAGGAUUUAUGCCACAAUGGAGGCACAUGCCAUCCCAUCUUCCCCUCCAGUGGUAUAGUCUCAUUCCAAUGUGACUGUCCACUACAUUUCACUGGACGCUUCUGUGAAAAAGAUGCAGAUUUAUUUUUUCCAUCUUUCAACGGGAAUUCCUAUUUAGAACUGCCCUUUUUGAAGUUUGACCUGGAGAAGGAACAUAACAGAACUGUUACCAUCUACCUGACUAUAAAAACAAACAGUUUAAAUGGAACUAUUCUUUACAGUAAUGGGAAUAAUUUUGGAAAGCAGUUUCUUCAUUUAUUUCUUGUGGAAGGAAGACCCUCAGUUAAAUAUGGAUGUGGAAAUUCUCAAAAUAUUUUAACUGUUUCUGCUAAUUACAGCAUUAACACAAACGCAUUCAUCCCUAUCACAAUACGCUACACAAUGCCUGUUGGGAGUCCUGGAGUUGUUUGUAUGAUUGAAAUGACUGCAGAUGGAAAACCUCCAGCACAGAAGAAAGACACAGAGACUUCCCAUGCCUCUCAGGCAUAUUUUGAAUCAAUGUUCCUUGGUCAUGUUCCUGCAAAUGUUCAAAUUCAUAAGAAAGCAGGUCCUGUUUAUGGGUUUAGGGGCUGCAUUCUAGACCUUCAAGUAAACAACAAUGAAUUCUUCAUCAUCGAUGAAGCACGACGUGGAAAGAAUAUUGAGAAUUGUCACGUCCCUUGGUGUGCUCAUCAUCCGUGCCGCAAUAAUGGCACCUGCAUCAGUGGUAGUGAAAACCUGUUUUGUGAGUGUCCAAGGCUGUAUUCAGGCAAGCUGUGCCAGUUUGCAAGUUGUGAAAAUAACCCAUGUGGAAAUGGUGCCACCUGUGUUCCAAAAUCCGGAACAGAUAUUGUCUGCCUCUGCCCAUAUGGGAGGUCUGGACCCCUCUGCACUGAUGCUAUUAAUAUUACUCAGCCCAGGUUCAGUGGCACAGAUGCCUUUGGAUACACUUCAUUCCUGGCUUAUUCACGGAUCUCAGACAUCAGCUUCCAUUAUGAAUUCCACCUGAAGUUUAAGCCGGCAAACAACCAUUCAGCAUUGCAAAAUAACUUGAUAUUUUUUACUGGACAGAAAGGCCAUGGGUUGAAUGGCGAUGACUUCCUCUCUGUGGGCCUGCUCAAUGGCAGUGUGGUUUACAGGUAUAACCUGGGGUCUGGCAUAGCAAGCCUUAAGAGCGAGCCCCUCAAUCUGAGCCUUGGAGUCCACACUGUUCAUCUGGGGAAGUUCUUCCAAGAGGGCUGGCUGAAGGUAGAUGAUCAUAAAAAUAAAUCCAUUAUCGCCCCAGGAAGAUUGGUUGGUCUCAAUGUCUUCAGUCAGUUUUAUGUAGGUGGCUACAGCGAAUACACUCCAGAUCUCUUACCAAAUGGAGCAGAUUUUAAAAAUGGUUUUCAAGGUUGUAUUUUCACUCUUCAAGUUCGCACUGAGAAGGAUGGCCAUUUCAGAGACCUGGGAAAUCCUGAGGGCCACCCAAAUGCUGGACGCAGUGUUGGCCAGUGUCAUACUUCUCCCUGCAGUUUAAUGAAAUGUGGCAAUGGUGGGACAUGCAUAGAGAGUGGAUCUACUGUUUACUGCAACUGUACCACUGGGUGGAAAGGAGCAUUCUGCACAGAGACAGUUUCCACCUGUGAUCCUGAACAUGACCCUCCACACAACUGCAGCAGAGGAGCAACCUGCAUUUCAUUACCUCAUGGAUACACCUGUUACUGUCCUCUAGGAACCACUGGAAUCUACUGUGAACGAGCUUUAUCCAUAAGUGAUCCAUCUUUCAGAAGCAAUGAAUUAUCCUGGAUGUCUUUUGCUUCCUUUCGUGUUCGAAAAAAGACACAUAUUCAAUUGCAGUUUCAGCCUCUUGCUGCAGAUGGUAUCCUAUUUUACGCUGCACAACACUUAAAAGCCCAGUCAGGUGAUUUUUUAUGUAUCUCUUUAGUGAAUGGUUCUGUUCAACUUCGAUACAACCUUGGUGACAGAACUAUCAUUCUAGAAACUCUCCAAAAAGUAACAACAAAUGGAAGUACUUGGCACAUAAUAAAAGCAGGAAGAGUUGGUGCAGAAGGCUACCUGGAUCUAGAUGGGAUAAAUGUUACAGAAAAAGCCUCCACUAAAAUGAGUUCCCUGGACACAAAUACAGACUUCUAUAUUGGAGGGGUAUCUUUCUUAAAUCUUAUAAAUCCCAUGGCAAUAGAAAAUGAACCCAUAGGUUUUCAAGGCUGUAUCCGGGAAGUUAUCAUAAAUAAUCAAGAAUUACAAUUAACUGAAUCUGGAGCAAAAGGUGGUUCAAAUGUAGGUGACUGUGACGGGACAGCCUGUGGGUACAACACAUGCAGAAACGGAGGUAAAUGUACAGCAAAUGGCACAACGUUUUCUUGCAGAUGUUUGCCAGAAUGGGCUGGAAAUACAUGUAACCAGUCUGUAUACUGUUUGAAUAAUCUUUGCCUCCACCAGUCUUUAUGUAUACCCGACCAAUCAUUUUCUUACAGUUGCCUAUGUACUUUGGGUUGGGUGGGAAGGUAUUGUGAAAACAAAACUUCAUUUUCAACUGCAAAAUUUAUGGGUAAUUCUUACAUUAAAUAUAUUGAUCCAAAUUAUAGAAUGAGAAACCUCCAGUUCACUACUAUAUCCUUAAAUUUCAGUACUACCAAAACAGAAGGUCUCAUUGUAUGGAUGGGAAUAGCUCAAAAUGAAGAAAAUGAUUUUUUGGCAAUUGGUCUCCAUAAUCAGACCUUGAAAAUAGCAGUUAACUUAGGAGAAAGAAUAUCUGUGCCUAUGAGCUAUAACAAUGACACAUUCUGUUGUAACAAAUGGCACCAUGUAGUUGUAAUUCAAAAUCAGACUCUUAUCAAGGCCUACCUAAAUAACAGUCUAAUUCUUUCCGAAGAUAUUGAUCCACAUAAAAAAUUUGUUGCUCUAAACUAUGAUGGUAUUUGUUAUCUAGGGGGCUUUGAAUAUGGUCGAAAGGUAAAUAUCAUUACUCAAGAGAUUUUUAAAACCAAUUUUGUUGGCAAAAUUAAAGAUGUUGUGUUUUUUCAGGAUCCAAAAAAAACUGAACUAAUUAAAUCAGAAGGAUACAACGUUUAUGAUGGAGAUGAACAAAAUGAGGUUACAUAAGUUAACACCAGAGAUUUUAGUACACACUAUAUAUAAAUGUAGUUAUAUUGAUAGUUAUUUAUUUGGUACAUUGCCCACAGGGAAUCAACUGUUUACUAUUACCUGAAAUAGUCUAAAUGCUAACAUAUCUUUUUGUUAACACUGGAAAAUGUCACUGAAAGUUCUCAUUGUUUUUCCUACCAUCUGUGUGUUUUUCCUACAAUCUAAUUUAUGUGUAUAUAUUUUGAUUCAUGUUUUAACUCCAGUAAUUCGUUCAGAGCUUACUCAUGGAAUAUGCUUAUUCACGGAAUGUGCUUAUUCAUUUUGCUUAUCCACUUUGUACCUGUCCCUCAUGUUUAAAUUUUAAAAUCAAUAUGUAGAUAAAAUUUUAAAAUCAUUGUGUAAACUGAAUUUUAAAAUGUUUAAAAUUCAGUUGGGAAUGAAUUAGGGAUAGGUACAAAUAAGAAAAAAAUCAAGUUAUUAACCAAAGGAAAAAUAAAAAUUAUACAAAGCAAUGUAACCAUAUUACAUGGCUUAGCUACAACUAUUUAUACGAUUCAAUGACGUAAAACUUGAAAAUAGAUAUAAAUCAAAAGUAUUGCAUGAAUGUAGAAAAGAAAGAGAGGUGAACAGGCUGGUAAGAGCUAAAUCCUUAUCUUUUAUAGUAAGACAUCAAUAGAUAUUACAGUAUGUGCAACUUUAAAAAAUAGUAUAUGCAUAUCACAAACAUGAAGGCGAAUAUCCUAAAUGUCUAAAAGAAUUGAAAAUGGUUGCCUGUGGAGAGAAGAGUAGUGCAGAGGCCUGUUGCUGUUUAUAAACCUUGUAGAGCUGUUUGACUUUUUAAAACCAUGUACUCAUAUUAACUGAUCAAAUUAAAAAAUUAACCUUAA